AUGACCCUCACACAGGUCUCUACGUGGUUUGCUAAUGCGCGCAGGAGGCUGAAAAAGGAGAACAAAGUGACGUGGUCUCCGCGGGCCUGCAAAGCUUCAGAGGACCGCGGCUGUGAGGAGGACAGCGACGAGGCCGAGAGACCUCCAGGGGACCAGGAACCUCCAGACCCGCGGCGUUCGGAGCUCCACAGCGACCUGGAGGACUUCGACCUCCUGGAGUCGGACGCCUCCGACAGCGAUCCGAAGCCCCCCAAAAACAACAUUAACAACAGAGGGAAACCCAAACCGGACCCCCCCCCCUCGGAGCCUCGGCCCCCCUCGGACUCCACAAAGCCCCGGAUCUGGUCCAUAGCCCAGGAGGCUGAAUUCCCCCCCUGUAUGAUGUCCCCCCCCCCCCGUACCCGCCCCGCCCGGGGCUCACCAGGCCGGACCGGGACCAGCAGGGGUCCCCGCAUGGAGCUCACCAGGCCGGACCAGGACCAGCAGGGGUCCCCGGUCAGCUCCCUCAGGGAGUGGGUGGACGGGGUUUUCUACGGACCCCCCUUCCAGCAGCCCAAACCCGCCCAGAUCUGGACACCCGACACCCGACAGGACGCCCGUGGAGGCCUUUGA